AUGGCCCCCAGCGCAAUUGAGGCCCAGAACGCCAAUCCCUCCAAGAUCAACCCAUCCAACUACCAUGCCUCGUCCAGCGAUGCCGCCAUUGCCGCCGAGCACGAUCAUGCUGCUCACAACUAUCACCCGCUGCCGGUAGUCUUUGCGCGUGCGUUGGGCACGUCGGUAUGGGAUCCGGAGGGCCGUCACUACCUGGAUUUCCUCUCUGCCUAUUCCGCCGUGAACCAGGGGCACUGUCACCCCGAAUUGGUCAAGGUCCUGGUCGACCAGGCCUCGCGCUUGACACUGAGCUCGCGCGCCUUUUACAAUGACGUGUUCCCCAAGUUCGCCGAGUUCGUCACCAAGUUCUUUGGCUUUGACAUGGUGCUGCCCAUGAACACUGGUGCUGAGGCCGUUGAGACCGGCAUCAAGAUUGCCAGAAAGUGGGGGUACAAGGUCAAGGGUAUCCCGGAGAACCAGGCCCUCGUGCUCAGUGUCGAAAACAACUUCCACGGCCGCACGUUUGCUGCCAUCUCGCUUUCCUCCGACCCCGAGUCCCGAGACAACUACGGCCCAUACCUGCCCAACAUCGGACACACGAUCCCUGGCACCGACAAGCCAAUUGUCUACAACGACAAAGCUUCGCUGCGUGAGGCCUUUGAGAAGGCCGGUCCCAACCUGGCCGCCUUCCUAGUCGAACCUAUCCAGGGUGAGGCUGGUAUUGUCGUGCCGGACGAUGAAUAUCUGCAAGAAGCCCGGGCUUUGUGCGACAAGCACAACGUCCUGCUCAUUUGCGACGAGAUUCAAACCGGCAUUGCCCGUACUGGCAAGCUGCUGUGUCACGAAUGGAGUGGCAUCAAGCCCGACUUGGUCCUGCUUGGCAAGGCCAUCUCUGGAGGAAUGUACCCCGUAUCCUGUGUGCUCGGCCAGAGGGACGUCAUGCUCACGGUGGAGCCCGGUACUCAUGGCUCGACCUACGGAGGCAACCCUCUCGGAUCGGCGAUUGCGAUUCGAGCCCUGGAGAUCAUUCGCGACGAGAACAUGGUAGAUCGCGCCGAACGCCUCGGUCAGAUCUUCCGCCAGGGACUCGAGGCAAUCAAGAGCCCCGUCAUCAAGACGAUCCGCGGAAAGGGGUUGUUGAAUGCCAUCGUGAUUGACGAAAGCAAGACAAACGGACACACGGCCUGGGAUCUGUGCAUGUUGAUGAAGACCAAGGGUUUGCUUGCCAAACCCACUCAUCAGAAUAUCAUCCGCCUGGCUCCUCCUCUGGUGAUUACCGAAGAGGAGAUCCAAUCAGCACUGAGCAUCAUCGCGAAGGCGGUCGAAGAGAUCCCCUCGCUUUCUGGAGAGGCAGAAGACGCCGUUGUUCCUCCCCCAGAGAAGAAGGUCAAGAUUGGUGUGGACAACUAG